UGUGGUCGGACUGCUAUGGGAGCACUGUGUAGAGACAGAGUAGUGUGCCCCUGGAGGAUUGUUGACAGGAAGGUUUUUCUGAGAAGGGAAUGUUUGAGCUGGCCAUCAGAAGGAUCACAGAACAAUGACAAAAGACAAUUUCUGCUGGAGCGACUGCUGGAUGCAGUGAAGCAGUGCCAGAUCCGCUUUGGAGGGAGAAAGGAGAUCGCCUCGGAUUCCGACAGCAGGGUCACCUGUCUGUGUGCCCAGUUUGAAGCCGUCCUACAGCAUGGCUUGAAGAGGAGUCGAGGAUUGGCACUCACAGCAGCAGCGAUCAAGCAGGCAGCGGGCUUUGCCAGCAAAACCGAAACAGAGCCCGUGUUCUGGUACUACGUGAAGGAGGUCCUCAACAAGCACGAGCUGCAGCGCUUCUACUCCCUGCGCCACAUCGCCUCGGACGUGGGCCGAGGCCGCGCCUGGCUGCGCUGUGCCCUCAACGAGCACUCCCUGGAGCGUUACCUGCACAUGCUCCUGGCUGACCGCUGCAGGCUCAGCACUUUUUAUGAAGACUGGUCAUUUGUGAUGGAUGAAGAGAGGUCUAGCAUGCUUCCUACCAUGGCAGCUGGUCUGAACUCCAUACUCUUUGCGAUUAACAUCGACAACAAGGAUUUGAACGGGCAGAGUAAGUUUGCUCCCACCGUUUCAGACCUCUUAAAGGAGUCAACGCAGAAUGUGACCUCCUUGCUGAAGGAGUCCACGCAAGGAGUGAGCAGCCUAUUCAGGGAGAUCACAGCCUCCUCUGCUGUCUCCAUCCUCAUCAAACCCGAACAGGAGACUGACCCGCUGCCCGUCGUGUCCAGGAACGUCAGCGCUGAUGCCAAAGGCAAAAAGGAGCGGAAGAAGAAAAAAAAAGUGACCAACAUUAUCUCAUUUGAUGAUGAGGAAGAUGAGCAGAACUCUGGGGAUGUAUUUAAAAAGAUACCUGGGGCAGGGGAGAGCUCAGAGGAGAACUCUGACCGCUCCUCUGUCAAUAUCAUGUCGGCCUUUGAAAGCCCCUUUGGGCCAAAUUCCAUUGGAAGUCAGAGCAGUAACUCAUGGAAAAUUGAUUCCCUGUCUUUGAAUGGGGAGUUUGGGUACCAGAAGCUUGAUGUGAAAAGCAUUGAUGAUGAAGAUGUGGAUGAAAACGAAGAUGACAUGUAUGGAAACUCAUCAGGAAGGAAGCACAGGGGCCACUCGGAGUCGCUUGAGAAGCCACUGGAUGGGAACACCUGCCUCUCCCAGAUGCACAGCUGGGCUCCGCUGAAGGUGCUGCACAAUGACUCCGACAUCCUCUUCCCUGUCAGUGGCGUGGGCUCCUACAGCCCAGCAGAUGCCCCCCUCGGUAGCCUGGAGAACGGGACAGGACUAGAGGACCAUGUUCUCCCGGAUUCUGGACUUCGGUACAGUGUGGAAGCUAGCUCUCCAGGCCAAGGAAGUCCUCUGAGCAGCCUGUUACCUUCUGCCUCAGUGCCGGAGUCCAUGACGAUUAGUGAACUGCGCCAGGCCAUUGUGGCCAUGAUGAACAGGAAGGAUGAGCUGGAGGAGGAGAACAGAUCGCUGCGGAACCUGCUUGACGGUGAGAUGGAGCAUUCAGCUGCGCUCCGGCAAGAGGUGGACACGUUGAAAAGGAAGGUGGCUGAGCAGGAGGAGCGGCAGGGCAUGAAGGUCCAGGCGCUGGCCAGGGAAAACGAGGUGCUCAAAGUCCAGCUGAAGAAGUAUGUAGGAGCUGUCCAGAUGCUGAAAAGAGAAGGUCAAACAGCUGACGUUGUGCCAAAUCUUUGGAGUGUUGAUGGAGAAGUUACAGUCACUGAACAGAAGCCGGGAGAAGUUGCUGAAGAACUUGCAAGCUCCUAUGAAAGAAAGCUCAUCGAGGUGGCAGAGAUGCAUGGCGAGCUGAUUGAGUUCAACGAGCGUCUGCACAGGGCCCUGGUGGCCAAGGAAGCCCUCGUGUCCCAGAUGAGACAGGAGCUCAUUGAUCUCCGGGGACCGGUGCCUGGAGAUUUGAGCCAAACAUCCGAAGACCAGAGUUUGUCGGAUUUUGAAAUAUCAAACCGGGCGCUGAUCAACGUCUGGAUCCCCUCAGUGUUUCUCCGGGGCAAAGCAGCGAAUGCAUUCCACGUGUAUCAGGUCUACAUCCGGAUAAAAGACGACGAAUGGAACAUCUAUCGGCGGUAUACAGAGUUGAGGAGUUUGCACCACAAGUUACAGAACAAGUACCCUCAAGUGAGAGCCUACAACUUCCCACCCAAAAAGGCCAUCGGAAACAAGGAUGCCAAGUUUGUUGAGGAACGCAGAAAGCAGCUCCAGAAUUACCUGCGUAGCGUCAUGAACAAAGUCAUCCAGAUGGUCCCCGAGUUUGCCGCCAGCCCCAAGAAAGAGACUCUCAUCCAGCUGAUGCCCUUCUUCGUUGACAUCACCCCUCCCGGAGAGCCUGUGAACAGGAACAGCCGGCCCAAAGCGGCUUCCCGCUUCCCCAAACUGUCCCGAGGUCAACCCCGGGAGACACGCAACGUGGAGCCCCAGAGCGGCGACCUCUGACGUCAACGGAACCCCAGCCACGGGCCUUACACGUCAUGCCAGCUGCCUCCACCUGGGCCACUGCUGCUGGCCCCUCACACCUCGGCGUGACAACCACGUCCACCUGGUGACCCUGAGAGCACACGAUCCCCACUGGUCACAUGACACCCUAAUUAAACUGGUCAUUCUCGGAGUCGCACUGUCCCAGGCCCCAGAGCAAGGCGGCGCCUCGCUGGACAGACUCGGACACGUGGUCCUCCUUUUGCCAGGGUCUGCCCUGGGCUGCAGUGGCUGUUUGGUGGCCUCCCUGCAGUUCACGGCUGGCAGGAGCAUGGGCGCCAGGUCAGGCAGGGUGCCCUCUGGUUGAGAUGCACAGCUGAUCCCUUACACGGAAAGGUUCCUGUGGAGCCAGCCUCUCCACUCUUUCCCACACGUGGACUAGCAUGACUGUUAGCCUCGCUUUUUGCUUUUUAAGGUUAUUGCCAGGUACAACUGAUGGAUGGCUGGGAUGGGGGGUUCUGGUUCCUUUCAUUGCAACCUCCACCGACAGCCAUUGGACACCCAGCAGGGUCACAGCGCUCUUUUCCAGAGACAUGUCCCCAGGGCCUUGGCAAGGAGCCAUUAGUGAGGUUUAACUUGAGUUCGGAGAACUUCUCCUACCUCCCCAUGGCUGGCUUCAGAAAGGACCAUGCCCUGGGAGCCUGAGGCCACCAUGGCCCUCGCCAGGCUUGGAGGGGACUCGGAUGUCCGGCCCAGCUGUCAGCAGCAACCCGGUGUCCACAGCCUAUCCAAAAGGCAGUGGCCUCGGCCCCACAGUCGUGAGAAACUUGGCUUAGGGAACCACCGCAGAAGGUUCCAUGAUUUUCAGACCAGGGUCCAUGUCUGUGAACUUGGACCCAGCAUGGACACUGAACAAAUCAUGUUUAU